AUUUGCCCUAGUUGCUGAAGACGGAAGCCGAGCGGGAGCGCUGGCGGCGGCGGCGCGGAGAAUGGGGGACUCCAAAGUGAAAGUGGCCGUGCGGAUCCGGCCCAUGAACCGGCGCGAAUUUGACCUGCAUACCAAAUGUGUGGUGGAUGUUGAUGCAAAUAAAGUUAUUCUUUACCCUGCAAAUACUAAUCUUUCUAAAGGAGAUGUCAGGGGCCAGCCAAAGGUAUUUGCUUAUGAUCAUUGCUUCUGGUCUAUGGAUGAAUCUGUCAAAGAAAAAUAUGCAGGUCAAGAUGCUGUUUUUCAGUGCCUUGGAGAAAAUAUCCUUCAGAAUGCCUUUGAUGGCUACAAUGCAUGUAUCUUUGCCUAUGGACAAACUGGGUCUGGAAAAUCUUAUACAAUGAUGGGCACAGCCGAUCAACCUGGAUUAAUCCCAAGGCUUUGCAGUGGCCUCUUUGAAAGAACUCAGAAAGAGGAGAAUGAAGAACAGAGUUUUAAAGUUGAAGUAUCCUACAUGGAAAUCUAUAAUGAGAAAGUUAGAGACCUCUUGGAUCCCAAAGGAAGCCGUCAAACAUUGAAAGUCAGAGAACACAACGUACUGGGUCCUUAUGUUGAUGGGCUUUCUAAACUGGCUGUCACAAGUUACAAGGAUAUUGAGUCCUUGAUGUCAGAAGGCAAUAAGUCCCGAACAGUUGCUGCAACCAACAUGAAUGAGGAAAGUAGUCGAUCCCAUGCAGUCUUCAAAAUCAUCCUGACCCAUACUUUGUAUGACGUGCAAUCUGGGACAUCAGGAGAGAAGGUGGGCAAACUAAGCCUGGUUGAUUUAGCAGGCAGUGAAAGAGCCACAAAAACAGGAGCUGCCGGGGACCGGCUGAAGGAAGGAAGCAACAUUAACAAGUCCCUCACCACCCUUGGUCUGGUUAUCUCAGCCCUCGCAGAUCAGGGUGCUGGAAGAAACAAGAACAAAUUUGUUCCAUACCGUGACUCUGUCCUUACCUGGCUCUUAAAAGAUAGUCUUGGGGGUAACAGCAAGACGGCCAUGGUGGCCACUGUCAGCCCUGCAGCUGAUAACUACGAUGAGACCCUUUCAACUUUGAGGUACGCUGACAGAGCCAAACACAUUGUGAACCAUGCCAUAGUGAAUGAAGACCCCAAUGCUCGAAUCAUUCGGGAUCUCCGAGAAGAAGUAGAAAAGCUCCGAGAACAGCUCAGCAAAGCAGAGGCCAUGAAAUCACCAGAACUAAAGGAUCGGCUAGAAGAAUCGGAGAAAUUGAUUCAAGAAAUGACUGUAACCUGGGAAGAGAAAUUAAGAAAAACAGAGGAGAUCGCACAGGAACGACAGAAACAGCUAGAGAGUCUUGGAAUAUCUCUUCAGUCUUCAGGAAUCAAAGUUGGGGAUAAUAAAUGUUUUCUUGUGAAUUUGAAUGCUGAUCCUGCCCUCAAUGAGCUCCUGGUUUACUAUUUAAAGGAACAUACUUUAAUAGGAUCAGCUAAUUCCCAAGAUAUCCAGCUCUGUGGAAUGGGAAUUCUGCCUGAACAUUGUAUUAUAGACAUCACACCAGAAGGCCAAGUUAUUCUAACUCCUCAGAAGAAUACCAGGACAUUUGUAAAUGGUUCUUCUGUUGGAAGUCCUAUACAGUUACACCAUGGAGACCGAAUCUUAUGGGGAAACAACCACUUUUUCAGACUCAAUUUGCCUAAAAAGAAAAAGAAACUAGAUAAAGAAGAAGAUGAGGACCAAGAAAAUUCUGUGAAGAAUAGCAGCAGUGCGGAGCAGCUGGAUGUAGAUGGAGACACUUCGAGCGAGGUGUCCAGUGAAAUUAACUUCAAUUAUGAGUAUGCACAAAUGGAAGUGACUAUGAAGGCUCUGGGGAACAAUGAUCCAAUGCAGUCCAUCUUGUACAGCUUGGAGCAACAGCAUGAAGAGGAGAAGCGGUCAGCAUUGGAGCGUCAGAGACUGAUGUAUGAACACGAGCUGGAGCAGCUAAGAAGAAGGCUUUCUCCUGAGAAACAGUCCUACCGUAGUAGUAUGGACAAAUUCCCCUUCCAUUCUCCCAGUGCCCAGCAACGCUUAAGACAGUGGGCAGAAGAGAGAGAAGCAACGCUGAACAACAGCCUGAUGAAACUGAGAGAGCAGAUUGUUAAAGCCAAUCUGUUAGUGAGAGAAGCUAGUUUCAUUGCAGAGGAGCUGGAGAAGAGAACAGAAUAUAAAGUCACCUUACAGAUUCCAGCCUCCAGCCUCGAUGCUAACAGGAAGCGAGGCUCACUUCUCAGUGAACCUGCAAUCCAGGUGAGGAGAAAAGGCAAAGGCAAACAGAUAUGGUCCUUGGAGAAACUGGACAACAGAUUGUUGGACAUGAGGGACCUUUAUCAGGAGUGGAAGGAAUGUGAUGAAGACAGCCCAGUAACAAGGUCUUACUUCAAGCGAGCUGAUCCAUUCUAUGAUGAGCAAGAGAACCAUAGUCUUAUUGGUGUGGCCAAUGUUUUCCUCAGCUCUCUUUUUUAUGAUGUGAAGUUACAAUAUGCUGUGCCAAUCAUCAACCAGAAAGGAGAGGUGGCAGGUCGGCUUCAUGUAGAAGUGGUGCAGAUCAGCGGUGCUAUUGGAGAGCGAAUUGCAGGUGGGGACGACAGUGUGGAUUUUUCAUUUGAUAAGGACACACAGGACCACAAAUUAGUGUGCAUGGUUAAAAUACUUCAAGCUACAGGUUUGCCACAGCAUCUCUCAAAUUUUGUGUUCUGCAAAUACAACUUCUGGGAUCAGGAACCAGUCAUUGUCGCACCUGAAGUAGAUACCUCAUCUUCUGCUGUCGGCAAAGAGCCUCAGUGCAUGGUGGUCUUCGAUCACUGCAAUGAGUUUUCUGUCAACAUCUCUGAAGAUUUUAUUGAAUAUCUUUCUGAAGGGGCUUUGGCAAUUGAAGUGUAUGGCCACAAGAUGAGUGAUCCUCGAAAAAACCCAGCUCUUUGGGAUUUGGGAAUUAUCCAAGCCAAAACACGGAGUCUCCGGGAUAGAUGGAGUGAAGUCACCAGAAAAGUAGAAUUCUGGGUUCAAAUUCUGGAACAGAAUGAAAAUGGAGAAUACUGCCCAGUGGAAGUGAUUCCUGCAAAGGACAUACAGACAGGAGGUAUUUUCCAGCUACGGCAGGGGCAGUCACGACGAAUUCAGGUUGAAGUGAAGUCUGUGCAGGAGUCUGGAACUUUGCCACUAAUGGAGGAAUCUAUAAUGUCUGUUGGUGUAGGAUGUGUAAAAAUAAGACCUCUUCGAUCCCCAAAGACUCAUGAGAUUUUCCAUGAGGAAGAAGAUGACAUGGACAGCUACCAGGAUAGGGAUUUGGAGAGACUACGUCGAAAAUGGCUGAACACGUUAACCAAGCGUCAAGAAUACUUGGACCAACAGCUACAAAAACUUGUCAGUAAGCCUGACAAAACAGAAGACGAUGCUGACAGGGAAGCUCAGCUUCUAGAAAUGAGGUUGACUUUAACUGAGGAAAGGAAUGCCGUCAUGGUCCCAUCUGCUGGCAGUGGUAUCCCUGGCGCUCCAGCAGAAUGGACUCCAGUGCUUGGUAUGGAAACUCAUAUUCCUGUUAUAUUUCUUGACUUGAGUGCUGAUGAUUUCAGCUCCCAGGAUAAUCUUGAUGACCCAGAACCUGCAGGAUGGGAUGCCACUCUCACUGGUGAAGAAGAGGAGGAGUUUUUUGAACUACAGAUUGUAAAACAUCAUGAAGGAGAGGCAAGAGCAGAAGCCUCCUGGGACUCUGCAGUACAUAACUGUCCUCAGCUUAGUAAAGGAGCCACAGCUGAUGAAAGAGUGUUUCUGAUCGUAAGAGUGACAGUCCAGCUCAGCCAUCCUGCUGAAAUGCAGCUGGUGCUCCGUAAACGCAUCUGUGUCAGUGUUCAUGGCCGCCAGGGUUUUGCUCAAAGCCUCCUAAAAAAGAUGUCUCAUCGAAGUUCCAUUCCUGGUUGUGGAGUCACCUUUGAAAUUGUCUCCAAUAUUCCAGAGGAUGCUCAGGGAGCAGAGGAACGAGAAGCAUUAGCAAGAAUGGCAGCUAAUGUUGAAAAUCCGGCCUCAGCAGACUCAGAGGCCUAUAUUGAAAAAUACUUGCGAAGUGUCUUGGCAGUUGAAAACCUCCUCACUUUGGAUCGUCUUCGUCAGGAAGUUGCUGUGAAGGAGCAGCUAACGGGAAAAGGGAAGCUGAAUAGGAGGAGUAUUAGCUCUCCAAACGUGAACCGACUCUCUGGAAGCCGACAAGAUCUUAUUCCAACAUACAGUCUAGGUAGUAACAAGGGUCGGUGGGAAAGUCAACAAGAUGUUUCCCAAUCAGAACAUUCCAGAGGGCUGACUCCGGCUUGUCCAUCUCUGUCUAGUGGUCCCCAGGAUAACCAUUCCCCUGAACCAGGACCUGGUGGCUUAGCAGCCUCCUACUUGAAUCCAGUAAAAUCCUUUGUGCCACAGAUGCCAAAGCUGCUUAAGUCCCUCUUUCCUGUCCGAGAUGAGAAAAAGGGCAGACAGCCAUCUCCUCUUGCACAACAGCCCAUUCCCAGAAUUAUGGUACAGCCUGUGAGCAUGGAUGUCAGCAGGACCAAGACAAAACAGGUUACUCAGGAAGAUGAGCGGAAACAUCUGUCUGAAACUACACCACCAUCUCCUGCCAUUGGGAAGAAUUCUGAUAAAGUCAACAAAAUGCCUUCCCAGCAACUCUUUUCUUCAAAUGUCCAGACACAGGAAACCCCAGAGGGUCCCCCCAGCCCUCUGAGUGAGGCCUCCAGUGGUUACUUCUCCCAUAGUGUCUCAACAGCAACUCUAUCUGAUGCCCUUGUAACAGGCACGGACUCCAGUGUCCAUGCUGGCAGUCAGACCCCAAGCACUCCCUCCAAUCCCCUGUGCCAGGUGACACCCGAAGGCGAUGUUCCCUUACCACCAGUUACUUCAUCCUCAGAGAGUUCUCGUUUGACUCAGAAAGAGAAUUUGACCAAUCCAACAGAGGCACAGGUCCAGCAAGUGGAGAAAAACCAAGGAGGUAGCAGUCGUGUCUUAAAGCCCAAGGGAUCAACCUCCCCUCUCAGUAAGAAUAAGGGCCUGCAAGAUCCCUCUCUUGCCAUUGACACAAAGGGUUUUCUUCCCACUUUUCCCACCCAACAAAAGGGAUCAUCCAGUCAGCUCACAGCAGCAGAGACUGCAUCUGUCACCAAACAACCCUCCAGAGCCAAGGAACACACAGAGCCAGUCCCCAAACCACAGCUGCCCCCUGACUUACUAUCUCAGUCUCCUGCUAUGGCCUCUCCAUUUAAAAUCCAGAAGGUGAGAACUUCAGAGCUAAAAUCAUUCACACAAAUGCUGGGAGACUCUAAUUGUCCCCCCAGUACAAACGAAGACCAGCUGACCUUGGGAGGCCACCACAAUCCAGGAGGAAUAGCCAAGGAAAAGCUGGAGGCGGCAUCUGACUCCGAAGACGCUGAUGAAGUCCCAGACUGGUUAAAAGAGGGAGAGUAUGUCACGGUGGGCACUAACAAAACAGGCAUUGUCAGAUACAUUGGACCAACAGAUUUCCAGGAGGGCACCUGGAUUGGAGUAGAAUUGGAUCUCCCUUCAGGUAAGAAUGAUGGCUCCAUUGGGGGAAAGCAGUAUUUCAAAUGCAAUCCUGGCUACGGUCUCCUCGUGAAGCCAGGCCGCAUCAAGAAAGCCACUGGGCCGGCCCGGAGGCGCAGCGCUGGCCUCAGGCUUCAAGGGGUGACAGCGGAGCAUCGGAAGACUGGGAGCUUGUCAGGUUCAGCCUCUAACUUGGCUUCGUUGACGGCCCUGGCCAAAGCUGAAGGGGGAUCCACGCUGCGAUCGGAGAGGAGCCAGCGGACCACAGAGAACCGGAAAUCUUGGGCCAGUUAAACGGGUCCGGCUAGCUGUGACCCGGGAGGUCCAUCAGAGCAUCUGCUGCUUCCUUUCUAGGCAAACACUAAUGAAGAUUAUGGGAAGGCUUUUCUCUCUACAUCUUCUGACCCUCUUUGAUUACUGCCAUGUAACCUCAUGGCCCUUCCUGGUGACAGAGCUGCCAUAUGGUUAAUCUGCCUGUAAAUCUGUAGCAUCACCCAGGCUUGAGGGAUUGGAGCUUCCUGGUGGGAGCUCAGACAGGAGCAUUGCAAGAAGCAUGAAUGGUUUGACUCAUCUGUCCUUCCUGGAAUGGAAGUGUACUUGACUUAUCCCCAGGUUUGUGGUAGGCUUCAGGAGCUAUUUUUCCUGAAUCCAGCUAAAAGCCAGGAGAAGAGGGAAGCCUUUCUUUCCGAAGAACAGGGUGGAAAGGCUCUGGGAGGUGCCUGAAAUGUGCAGUAGCCCCUCUUCUGCCCGGCUGUUUGCUCAGACAACAGCCCCAGGCUCUUCUCGAGCCCUGCUCUUACUGGGGCUGUUGGUUAUACUUUCCUUCUAAUUUUCUGACGAUUCCAUUAACCUCUUCUUUUUAAGUAUAAUGAAAACUGAGGGCUCCUUUGCCUGCCCCAAAGUAUGACCUUUUUCAUGCUGGCCUGAGAUCUCGAGGCUCCUAUCCUGUCCGCAGGCCUGGGUCGUUGAGUCCUUUCUGAGAUCGUUCCUUCCUUUUCCCCCACCCCGAAAAAAGGCUUUCCAAAACAGUGCAUCCCUGGGUGGGAGUUCUUUGUUUUCUGUGAGUAGCUUCACACCCCACAGGGCCUAACCCCUCACCCCUUUCUCCUUUACUUUCUUUUACAGGGUAUAUAGUUUGAAAAGAACGUCUUUGCCUUAAACCUGGAAGACUGUUUUAUUUCCCAUUGAUGCCCUUAACAGAGUGUUCAGAUAGUAUUUAUUUGUAUUUAUUGUUUUUUUUUUUUAAUCCUAAAUAAUGUGCAAGCUACAAUCUUUCACAGACUUCCGUAGACCUGAGUGCCUUCACUUCGUUUGUGCACAGAGCCUGGUUGGGGCCUCCUAGGGGGUACACAGCCUUGUCCAGAAGGGUCUGCCUACUCAUGACAGUCUGGGGGGGGGUGGGGAGGUGGACGGUAGGGUUCUUCUGACUGUUCUUUCAUUUUCAGACACACAAGUGGCCUUAUUCAAAUGAAAUGGAAACAAAAAUAAUUUCACAAAAUUCUAUACACUGAAUAACUUUGAUGUUUUUUGUUUUAGUCACCGGGGGAGGGGUGGGGGUGAGGUAAGAGGACAAGCUUUCUACUACUGUGUUGGUGGUUCUUUGUUCCUGGGACAGUCCAGAAGCCAGGUGAUUGACUCCAGGCACCCUGGGUCCUGCCAUUACCCAGUCCUAAUGACUCCCAGGGCUGACCUUGCUAUUGUGCGUGUGCGUGCGUGUGCGCGUGUGUGUUCCUGUAUGGAUAUCUCUAGGGGGAUCCUUAAACUGGUGCUAAAUUUUAGGGAGUCUCUAGUCUUGUAUGGGGAAAAAGGCUUGAUUUUCACUAAGCUAACUGAAAAUUAGCAUUCCUUUCAGUCAUGAAUGUAGGCAGCAGAACAUCCUGAGCAUAGGCCUGGGGUUGCCACCCAAGUGCUGGGCAGGAUGAUGCCACAGAGGUUAAGACUGCCUGUUCUGUAGUCAUCUGCCGUGAGACUUCUUGGUCUACGUCCCAGAGGCUGGAGGCCUGGAAGGGAUUCUGAGCACUUACCUGACCUGGGCACAGCCUGCCCUUAAACUGUCCUGGACUGCUCAGAAUCUCUUUUCCUUAAAGACUUCAUCUCUGACCAGUAUCAUCUUUUCUGUUCCCGCCCUUAGCUAAGGGCUGGGGCAGAGCUGUUCCCAGAGGAAGCUAGCAAUGAAAGGAAGGAGGGAAGGCCAUUCCACAGACGAAGGAAUCGGGGGCUCGGAUGUUUGAAUGCCUGCCUAUAAAUGGGAUCAACAGGGCACACGUUAAGCAGCAAGAGGAAAAGCAGCAUGUUUUAGAUGCCCCAGGAGUGCGGCAGCUAAGCAAUUCUCUAACCUUUGUAUCUUCCCCAGAGCUGGAUGUUAAGUUCAUAUUAAUCAGUGUUUGGUAAGUUGAAUUAAUGAAUAGUUGAUUCUAAAAUAGCAGUACUUACAUUAUCUGUCCUCCCCCCUCAAGAGCCUUUAACAUAAUGAGUGUGCAAGAAACAUUUGUCUAUUCAAUCUCAUUUGUACAUUCCCCUUAUAAUCAUGCAAUUGGUUCUUGUGUUUGUAAGGCCCUGGUAAGCAUCUCACUGGGAAACGUCAGGGACUCCCAGGGAAUUUAAAGUUGCCCCUGAGUAGGGAUGGUAAAAGUUAUCAGUGUCCCUGCACGGCUGUUGGGUUCUUCCUAGUGGAUUCUGCAGAGGCAUCUAUAGUGGGGUCAGUGGAUUGGAAUUAAAAGAAAACUUGGCUGUAAUCUGAGUUCUGUCAUCAGUGUGGAACAGAGGGAAACAGUACCAUCCUUCGAGUCAGGACCUGCGUUUGAAUCCCAGUUGUGGUGUUUAUUGCCUGGGUGACCUUGGACAAAUCAUUCUGUCUUCCUUAGUUUCCUUUUUCGUGUGAACUGAGAGGGUUGUACUAGAUGAUCUCUGCUGCUUCUUUCUGCUCUAAAGCUGUGACCCUGAGUCCCUUUCGCUUUUUUUUGUCUCAGUUUCAUUGUCUGUAAAAUAAUGAGGUUGGACGACAGGCCCCUGAAGGUUCUCUCUGGUUACAAACCCUCUGAUCAUCUGUGCGAUGAAUGCCUCAUAGAAACAAAGGGAAAGGAUGUUCAGCAAGGGAACCUGGGGGAGCCGCCCCCUCCUGGGAUUUAGUUUUCAGGGGAGAGGGGAGAAAUUAUCACUGGCACUCACAGUCCAGACACUGGUUAAAUAGCUGGGUGAUGCCCUGUGAAGAAGCUUAAGAUUAAUUAACUUCCAUUAAUUAAAAUCCUAGUAAUUGCUUGCAACGCUGCCUUAAAUUAGACUUCUUUAACAAUCAACUGUUUUCCAAGUGGUUUGCCUUUUUCUACUCCUAAUCCCCCUAAGUUAGGUACUGUUGGGCUGAGGAGGGUGUAAACAUUUGUACAAAAGAGUCUUAAACACAAAACUUCAGGCUGAGAUUGUCCAGAUCACGAGAUCAGAUGUCUGGCUUCCCUGGCUUUCUCCUACUGGAGAUCCUGGUGUUCCCUGUGGUAGACAAGGUGGUGCACGUCCCUUCUUUUUCUCUGAGCAUCCCUCAUCCACUCAGGGCUCUUGUUCACACCACAGCAAACUUGGAUAACACAGGUUGUUCCAGCUUUGAUCCAGGAAGAACACCGACUGGCUGCCAGAUGGCUCUGAGCUUCAUCUUGGCAGCAUCCAGGGAGGGGAACAAAAGGUGUCCUAGGGUAUUAAACCUGAAGGGGAACGUAGAGACCUUCUGAUCCAGACCUCUCAUUUUACAGAUAAGGAAACUGAGACCCAGAAAGGGCAGGUGAGAUAUCAGAGCCUGGUGUCAGAACCAAGACUGGAAGCCAGGCCUUCAGCAGCAGCUUCUGACGAGCACACUCUGCCUUAUCACUAGUGCUGUGGCCACUUGUAGACUCCGUAGGAAACCCACCCCAAAUUUCCAUCACAAGUUUAUACAAGGCCCAAGGUCUCUUUUCUACCUCUUAUUCAGAGGGGCAGCAUUCUGUGGAGAUGUCACAGGAACAGGACCCUGGCCGUGGUGGCGGGUCUCUGCUCGUUUCCUGCUUGCCCAGCCCAUGGAGUUCAGUUUUCCUUUUCCUAAGCAUGUUAGACCCUGUCUUUGAGCCUGCAGCUUCUCUGAAAAAGGAGAUCCUGUACAGCCCCCACAGGGAGGGGCCGAGGUCUUUUCCCCUUCUGUGUUGGCCCUGCUGACCCCUGUGCCGCUGCUUGGUGUGUGAGCUGGGGGGGCCGAUUCUCAGCAUCUUCUGGGAUCGAGUGGCCCGAGAGGGCCCUGUUUGUUUGCAGUGUUACAGCUUAUAGCAAGGCACUCAUUUUUAUUCCUUCCUGUCAUCAGCUCUCAGUUUGGGGACGCCUGCUGGGCCUGUGGCGGUGAAUACGCUGUUGUCACUUCUGUGUCCCGAUUUUCCACUUAACCUUCUCACCACUGAAGUCAUUUUUGAAAUCUCUUUUUGGGUCGAGAUUCUUCUUUAUUUCCAUCAAUAAAACCGAUGACAGUUUAAGUCCAGGCCAGGGGAGUGGGGGAAGCCCAAGCCCUGUAGGGACCAACCCCAAUCCCCCACCUCAGCCUUAUGACUCUGGAAGUAAAGGUUCUUUGGGCUACCAAGUCACAUACCGAACUCUUCAGAGAAACAGCCCCAUGGAAACCAAAGGUUGUGGCAGUAUUUGUGCCUCUUGCUUGUUUUUUGUUUUUCCAUGUUGUCCUUCUUUCAUGCCUGUCAGUCAAACGAAGCAGCAGAAGCAACAACCAUAGGACUGGCUCGAGGAAAGGGGCUUCAAAGAGUCAGGUCGUCUGCUGUCACCUCAUCCAAUUAAAACUAGCCUGAUUCUAAUGAAAUUAGUGACCCGAGUGGCUUUGUACGGAGGCAUGCUGGACAGUAGCAAAUUGGUCCAGAAUCCCGGUGCCGCGCCCCCCCCCCCCCCCCGCAUGCCCUUUGGCUUCAGGGAUGGCAUCAUUGUCCCUUACCCUCAGGGAGCAAAGCCGGAGUUUCUUUACCUUUGUGACAGCUCCAGGCUUCUGCCCUGCCCCCCCCCCUUGCUUUUUUCCCUCUUUAAAAUCUUGUUUCCAUGGUCCUCACUCUUACUUGGAAAAUCCUUUCUUGCCCUUUGGCCUUAAAGCACCCACAUCUGGACGUUCCACAGUGCUCGGACUCGGCUGCCUCAACAUUCCAUCAAGUGGGAUUCUUGACCUUAGAACCUGCAAGCAGGCUGCUCAGCUGAACCAUAGGCUUAGACCAGCUAAUAUUCACUUAAACUCUAGCUUCUUGGGUGGGAUUUUCACGUACUUUACACGGGAAAAGACAUCUCCUUCAUAGAAAUUUCUACAACUGAUAUCCUCAAUGUCAGUCUAAGCUAGAGUUUUCUGUCCUUGGCCAGAAUCUCCAAGGACAAUUGCACAUUGCUUGAGAUCAAGCGUAUUUGUGUGAUGGGGCUGCUUUAUACAGACAGUCUCAGAAUGCGUUCGUGGAAGUAAUUCUGUGUACUUCUGAUUGGCCUGUUACACAAUGAAAGUUAAAGUGACAUUUCAUAUUCUAUAAGUGAGGUGGAAUGUGUGAGUCUGAGCUCUUUCUAUGAGAGAUUGGUCCAAAUACACACUGGUAGGUAUCUUGUACAGCCUUUGGCUUCUCAAAAAUUAGUGCAGCCAAGGCCAAGCUGACUCAGUGGAGCCCUGCUUACAAAAGUGGUGUGUUAUUUUAGCCCUUUGUACGAUGUGGUUUCCAUAGAUGCAUCUCCAGAAAGUGUGACAUGGUUUUGGAGUGUCGCUAGUGUAUUGAAUCCUUGGGGCAGACCCUUGACUUCCUUCACUGCUUUGACCCCAGAGCUCUUGCACUAACAUCCAUGCCUUUCAAAGUGCCUUGUCCCUGGGACAGUCUCCACUGAAUCAAGGGAGGGAAAUUCAAAAUGAGCCCCAAAUAUGUGUGUCUUCCAAGUGAUUUCUCCGUGAGGCGGACAGCUCAAGCACUAAGACCCAACGUCAGCCCAUUUCACUGGGUUCUGAAAAAAUGGUAUGAUUGACUUUUUGUUUUCUGGGUUCAGAAAUACCACAAACUCACUAUCAGAUCUCUAAUUGUGCCUGGAAGUGUUGGGAAGUUUUAUUGGGAGAAUGGGGCAAAAAGAGUGCCUGGGGAUGUCCUGGGGCUCCUGUCCUUUGGGAAGAAGGUUUGUAGAGCGGACUUGAUAGUAAUGUACUAUGUACUGUGUGCGUGUGUGUGUGUGUGUGUGUGUGUGUGUGUGUGUAUCCAUGUCCACUCAUGUUUUUAGUCCAUGGUGUGUGCCCAUUUUUUUUUUAAUGUACACAUUAUAAGGAAGUGUAAGGUUGGAAAUGUUCAAAGCCUUUCCUCAGGUUUUUUGCAGUUGUCUUAGAUUGAAUUUACUUUUAGCAGGCAAGGAUGGGGCAAUAUAGACAACUUGGUACUUCUCAGAGAAGGAAAUGGGAAGUGAGUGUCUACAUUCACUCUAAUACAUUCACUACAUACUCAGGUUUCAUGAGGGGAGUUUUAAAGCCGGCAUGAAGACCGGCAGUUAGGCAGAAGGUGAGCAGGGAGAAUAGAAGAGCCCUACCAGAGGGGUGUAGGGGUUACUGAGACUCUGGUGCCUUUGCAGAACUUGGAUAUGGUGACCUGCAUGUCCUUUUCAUACAAGUAAUGCCAUACUAACUCUCCAUGUUUUCUUCCUCCUGUGUGAAUGGGCCACAUGUUCUUCUCCACUUACAUUCUCAUACAUUCUUUUGGCUUCCCAGUCCGAGACCAUGUCCGUUGCCAUGACUAAACAAUCCUAGUUGCUUCUACUCUCUUGGUCCCUAAUAUCCUGCCUCCAGAUGGGCCCCUGAGGUGUGUAGAUCCUGCCUCCAAAUAGGCCCCUGAGGUGUGUAGACAGGCUUUGAGCUGUCAGUAUUGGCCCCCCACUUGACAUUUGGCACCGUCCCCUGCAUCCAUGCAGUAGCCAGGCCUGGCAGCCACUUGGAGCACCUUCUCUCUUGGAGUACUGUCAAGCCAGGGCAAGUUUAAGAUCAAGUUCUUCGUUGGGUUUACUCUGCACAAAUAAAAAUGUACCCAAACAGGAAAUGUGUGCUCAGACAUGGGCUAGUUUCUGAAAGUCCCAAUAUUACCAGUUCACUUUAGGCACGGGUGGGGUUGGAUCUGAGGAGCUGUACCCUGCGCUCCCUGUUUUUUAUCCUGAAGACACUGAUUUGAUUGGAAUUGAGAUUAUCAGUUUUUACACAGUGGUCCAUGAUGCCUUCUUCUUUUGUUACUGACACUAAUUGUAAUUGACUGUGUUGGGAGAAGCUUGUGCAUCAUCUUUCUCGUGGUGGGUUUUUGUAAAUGUGGUAGGUUUGUUGUAUAUAGAGAAGGGCUCUUCAGAUUCGGGCUUGUGUGGAUUUUGUAUGUAUCAACUGAGAGUUAAUAAUCCAAAGACAAUGUAAUGAAUUGUAAAAAUUUUAAUGAUUUAUACUGUAUAAUAAACUAAACUAUUGUAAUAUUGUAUCAUAUACAUCAUGUGACCAACAGCAUCUAAAUAAAAUCAAAAUGAUUCUUUGGCCGUGUCUAAGAA